UCUGUCUUCACGAUCUUCAUCAAUAUGUUUGGGUUAACACGCUGAGCUCGUGUUUUUGAGCGGUUGAGGGAAAUGGUGGGGUUAAGUCGUUUAAUUUAGGAGAUACAAUAGUGAAGGAAUUUAAGCAGGUAUUAACUGUACAUAAUAAAGUAGGAAUACCCUCGUCUGAGUCCUUUUUUCACGGAAGUAGGGGUACGUACCUAGCGAAUAUAUAAAUAGGUGUACGAGGGUUGGUAAGUCAUUUGCUCAUGAGAGUUUGUGUUUCGUGUCACGUUACGUUAAAUUGUUAGUUAAGUGUUGAAAAUGGCAAGGUCGACAGCGUGGAUCAGGAACAACAUGUUAUUCCCCGAAGACGAAUAUGACGAGCAAUUCAUGGAAGUUCAACGAUCUUUUCAAAAGUUAUCCAUUCCAGACUGGCAGUCGCACAAAUCUUUUAAUUCACCGAAAUUAAUAAAAGUUACGCCGAUUGAAUCUCGUCCACCAUCCUGGAAAAAUUUUAAGGAAAAAUCUACGCUGUAUUCGAUGAAUUUAUUAGGUGACAGAAAGCUAAAUGAAGAAAUUAAGGCGCCCAAAGUCCCAUCUAGAACAACAAUUAUCAACAAUGAAAAUUAUUAUCCGAAAAGAUUACCCGAAAAAGGAACAAUGUGUAAACAAUGUUCAAAUUGUUUGUCAAAGGAUAAAACGUUCGAUACAAAUAUUCCAAAAGUAAAGCUUUCCAAACACGUUUACGGGACCUAUCCCAAAAUGUCGCCUUCUAGAAAAGUUCAAAAUAUAAAUAUUGUUUUACCAAUUAGACCAAAAGUUGAACCGUCAACAAAUCAAAUUAACGUUAACAAAAAAAAUGACUAUUCUAAUAAUAGCGAAACUCCUCGAGAAAGUAGGCAAAGGAAGAACGAUGCGAUUCAAAUUUCCGACAUGGUGACAACCCCUAUAAGAACGCCAAAUGUGAAAUCAAAUUUCAAAAUUCCCGCCACUUCCACUCCAAAAUUCUCUCGAGCUUACUUGUUUUCGUCCAACAUCAAUGAAGAUAGCCCAAAAAUGAAAACGACCCGUUCCCGAAACAUCUUGGAGAAAUCUUACAUCUUCGAAAAUAAAUCUAUGAACGAAUCGGAUGAUCAACACAAGCUUGAUAAUACUUUUAAAUGUAAAAAGUUGUCUAAGAAUGUGCUAGAAAAAGCAUCUAUUUUCGACACCAGUUUAAGGAUGGAAAACUUUGAUCGAGAUUACAAAGAAGAUAUAAAAUAUUACAAAAGAACACCGUUAAAGACAGAAAAAGAGAAUUCGCUAUUAAAGAGAAAUAUUCGAUCGAUUGAUUCAAUUUUAUUGAAAGACGAUUACGAUUUGACUAUGCCAAAAUCUUCAUCCAUGGUUCGUGACAUUGCGAAGAAGUUGGAAAUCGCAAGUACAUCUCCUUCGACAGAUGAAUCACUAACAAGCAAAAUGAAUUCUAUUCUCCAAAGAAAAAGAUCGAAUCGGCCGAACUCGGUCAUUCAUCUUAUAAGAAAUAAAUAUGAACAGGAAAAGGAAAAGGUUAUUGCUAAAGAAAUGAUGGGAAAUUUAACGGAAAAAGAGAAUAAAUCUUCGGUAUCGCGUAAAAAUUACAAUAUUAGAGUGAAUCAGAAUGUGAAACAACUGGUGAAGGUCAUAGAGAAAGAGAUUGCGCCUAAGGUUAAAAUUUAUCACCAAUCGUUCAAAAGAAAUUUCUUAUGUGAAGAAGACAGUUUCAGCGAGUCUGAAGCGAAAUCUGUUGUUACAUCAACCUCCCCUAAGGAUACGGAUAGCAGCAGUGACACUGAUCGAAAACCACUUUAUCUAAAUUAUGAGCACGAUUCAUUCGAUAAUGAAAAUUCAAUAACGGAGAAAACAUUGGAAACCGAAAGAAAAGUUUUUCAAGAUGAAAAUGAUGAUGACGUUUAUUGGAUACCUGUAACUAAUCCGUACAAAUUUCCAAGAACCAGUUCCUUAUUGACAAUUUCUAGUCAAAUUUCUAUUGAUACCCCGUCUCCAUGUAUCAGUCCAAUCAGAAUGGAAGAGGACGUGGAUAUUGUGCAAAAACAUUGGAGAAACACCACCAGGAAGAUCAACCCUUUUUAUAGGAUUGACGAAACAAUAGUGAUAGAUUCAGGAUAUUCUGACAAGUCUGAAGCGGUUAUGAAUAAUUCUGAAUCAUCGGUAACGGAUAGUUACUAUUAGUGAUGUUCCAAAUAAUUCUAGAUCGAAAAACAGGUUAGGUUAGGUUAAGAAAGUUUUCUAGACGGAAGUUAAUCGUUGAUUAGUUUUUAUCUUGAUAUAAGUUUUUAUCUUGGUAUCUUCAAAUUAGAAAAAUGUAGGAUUUUGGUAAUUAACAAAAGCGAUAGAUUUGUGAAUUAUACAAUGAUAUGAUCUGAUAUCAUGAAAAGUAAUCUAAUUUAGUUGUAUAAAAUCGUGGAUAUUUGAGAAUUUACUUUGAUACUUGCUGUCAAUACUUAUAUAAAUAUAAUUCUCGAAAUGAAUGAUUGAAGCAAAAUAUAAAAUAUUAACUAUUCUAUAUUUUAUUUCAAUAUUUCAUCAUUACAUCUGCGAUAAAUAAUUUUCAUAUUUGUUUUUGUUCGAGUUUAAUUUGUUUUUUUAUGGUGAAUAAAUACAUUGAAUGUUGAAUGAAUGCAUCAUUAAAAAAAAAAAUUUUUUUAAUUGAAAAUCUAAAUAUGAAAUUGCAUUAUAUUACUGAA